UUUUCCUGCGAUUCCCAAACAAGUGUAUUGUAGUACUGCAAAAGAGAAACUAAAAAUGAUGAACGGAGAUAUUAACAGUUUCUACAACUCUCUUAUUGAGGGGGACUGCUUCUUGUUUACGUCGGAGUCCGUUGGAGAGGGGCAUCCAGAUAAGAUAUGUGACCAGAUAAGUGACGCUGUGUUGGACGCUCACCUGAAGCAAGACCCAGAGGCAAAAGUGGCUUGCGAAACUGUAGCCAAGACGGGAAUGAUUUUGCUGGCAGGAGAGGUGACGUCUCGUGCUGUUGUUGACUAUCAAAAGGUGGUUCGUGACACCAUAAAACACAUUGGCUAUGACGACUCAUCCAAGGGGUUUGAUUAUAAGACCUGUAAUGUCCUGGUGGCUCUGGAGCAGCAGUCUCCAGACAUUGCCCAGGGUGUUCAUUUGGACCGCAAUGAAGAGGAUGUUGGGGCCGGCGACCAGGGUCUGAUGUUCGGUUAUGCCACAGAUGAGACAGAGGAAUGCAUGCCUCUCACUAUUGUGCUCGCACACAAACUUAACGCCAAGAUGGCCGAACUGCGCCGCAGCGGCACCCUGCCCUGGCUCCGGCCCGACUCUAAGACUCAGGUUACUGUGCAGUACAGACAGGAGUGUGGCGCCAUGCUGCCGGUGCGCGUCCACACCAUUGUCAUCUCUGUGCAGCACGAUGAAGACAUCUGCCUUGAUGAGAUGCGUGAUGCACUUAAAGAUAAAAUCAUCAAAGCUGUGGUGCCCUCUGUUUAUCUGGACGACGAUACCAUUUAUCACUUACAGCCGAGUGGACGCUUUGUCAUCGGAGGCCCUCAGGGUGAUGCCGGCCUGACUGGUCGUAAGAUUAUUGUCGAUACCUAUGGAGGCUGGGGAGCCCAUGGUGGAGGAGCUUUCUCUGGAAAGGACUACACUAAAGUGGACCGUUCUGCGGCGUACGCUGCCCGCUGGGUGGCCAAAUCUCUAGUGAAGGCUAAACUGUGCAGGCGUGUUCUUGUGCAGGUUUCUUAUGCCAUCGGAGUGGCCCAUCCUCUUUCCAUUUCCAUCUUCCACUAUGGCACAUCUCAGAAGAGCGAGCAGGAGCUGCUUAAAAUCGUCAAGAAAAACUUUGAUCUUCGUCCAGGAGUCAUUGUGAGGGAGCUGGAGCUGAAGAAGCCAAUUUAUCAGAAGACCGCUGCUUACGGCCACUUUGGCCGUGAAUUGUUCCCUUGGGAAGUGCCCAAAAAGCUGCACUACUAAACGUUUUGUCAAGGUUUUUCCUCUCUAGACCUGUUGGCGUAUUCUACAGAGAAGCCCACAUGGCUUACGGGGAGAAGUCUGGUUAUUCUGGUACAAGUCUUGCUGGGUCCGUCUUAUUUAAAGGGGUCAUAUGACAUUGCUAAAAAGAACAUUAUUU